CAAAAGGAGUGUGAAUUGUUCUCCAGGACCCGCGGAGACCCGUGGAUGAACUGUUUCUGGAGUCUUGCUCCAGCUUUCCUGAGAGUCAGGAUGACCAAGAGGCACUUCAGCGUGGGCCAGCAGACGAGGGCGCUUCUUGGCAAGAACUUUCUUAAGAAAUGGAGGAUGAAAAGAGAGGCCUUGUCGGAAUCGUUCUUCUCCUGCCUUCUGGUGCUGUUUGCUCACCUGUUUUCCUCUAAUUUGCACCAAGUUAAUGACUUCCCUCAACUGCCCUCUGUGGACUUGGGACGUGUAGAUAAUUUUAAUGAUUCUGAUUACGUUAUCGCCUUUGCUCCUGAAUCCAAGACCACCCAGGAGAUAAUGAACAAGUUGGCUUCUGCCCCUUUCAUAAAAGGAAGGCCCAUCUCGGGCUGGCCUGAUGAGCAGAGCAUGGGCCAGCUGGAGCUAAACUACUCUGCAGACGCGGUGAGAGUCAUCUUUAACGACACCUUCUCAUACCAUUUGAAGUUUCUGUGGGGACAUCGAAUCCCCACGAUGAAGGAGCACAGAGACCAUUCAGCUCAUUGUCAAGUAAUGGAUGAAAGUGUCAUGUGUGAAGGUUCUUUGUUCUGGGAAAAAGGCUUUGUAGCUUUUCAAGCUGCUAUUAAUGCUGCCAUCAUAGAAAUCACAACGAAUCAUUCGGUGAUGGAAAAACUGAUGUCAGUGACUGGUAUAAACAUGAAGAUACUACCUUUUGUUGCCCAAGCAGGAGUUAUGACUGAUUUUUUCAUUUUCUUCUGCGUUAUUUCUUUUUCUGCCUCCGUAUACUACGUAUCAGUCAGUGUGACCCAAGAAAGACAAUUCGUGAAGCCAGUGAUGGCAGUGAUGGGACUUCGAGAGUCAGCCUUCUGGCUGUCCUGGGGUCUGAUGUACGCCGGCUCCAUCUCCAUCACGGCCGCUCUGAUGGCUCUGAUAGUGGCCUGUGCCCCAGUGGUCGUCCUGACGGGCUUCACGGUGGCCUUCACCCUCUUUCUCCUCUACGGCCUGUCUUUGAUAACGUUAGCUUUCCUGACGAGCGUGUUGGUGAAGAAGCCCUUCCUUACGGGGCUGGUGGUCUUCCUCCUCACUGUCUUCUGGGGGAGCCUGGGAUUCACAGCUUUGUACAGACGCCUUCCUGCGGCUUUGGAGUGGAUCUUAUGUCUUCUCAGCCCCUUUGCUUUCACUGCUGGAAUGGCCCAGCUUAUUCACUUGGACUACGAUGUGAAUUCUAACAUCCGUUCAGAUUCUCCAAACGACCAGUACCUCAUAAUAGCUACUAUUUUCAUGCUGGCUUUUGAUGCUCUUCUCUAUUUGGUACUGACGUUGUAUUUGGACAAAAUUUUGCCCACUGAAUACGGACGUCAGCAGCCUCCCUGGUUUUUCCUCAAGUCCUCCUCUUGGUUCCAACGCCGAAGGGCUGAUCGUGCGGCCCUCGAGAAUGACAUCGGUCCAGGUUCUCCAUCCAACGACUCUUUUGAACCAGUGUCUCCCGAAUUCCACGGGAAAGAAGCCAUCAGAAUAAGAAAUCUCAAAAAAGCAUAUGGAAGAGGCAAGCACGAGAAAGUAGAAGCUUUGAAAGGCCUGGUAUUGGACAUAUACGAAGGCCAGAUCACGGGCAUCCUCGGACACAGUGGAGCUGGGAAAACCACGCUGUUAAAUAUACUCAGCGGACUGUCGGCCCCAAUGUCAGGGUCCGUCACCAUCUACAAUCACUCACUUUCAGAAGUGGCUGACCUAGAAUACAUCAGCAAGCUCACUGGCUUCUGUCCACAAGCCAACGUGCAAUUUGGCUUCCUCACCGUGAGAGAAAACCUCAGGCUCUUUGCUAAGAUAAAAGGGAUUCAGCCACAUGAAGUGGAGCAACAGGUCCAACGGGUUUUACAGGAUCUGGAGAUGGGAAACAUUCAAGACGUUCUUGCUCAAAAUCUAAGCGGUGGACAAAAAAGGAAACUGACGUUUGGGACUGCCAUUUUAGGAGAUCCCCGGGUUUUGCUGUUGGACGAGCCGACUGCGGGGUCAGACCCUCUUUCGAGACACCGGGUGUGGAACCUCCUGCGAGAGAGGAAGUCAGACCACGUGGUCCUCUUCAGCACCCCGUUCAUGGAUGAGGCUGAUGUCCUGGCUGAUAGAAAGGUGUUUAUGUCCAACGGAAGGCUGAAGUGUGCGGGCUCUUCUCUAUUCCUGAAGAAGAGAUGGGGCAUCGGCUACCAUCUAAGUUUGCAUCUGAAUGAGACGUGUGACCCAGACAGUGUAACGUCGAUUGUUAAACACCACAUCCCCGAUGCCAAAUUAACAGCCCGAAGUGAAGAAAAGCUGGCGUAUAUUCUGCCUUUGGAAAGGACAAACAAAUUUCCAGACCUCUACAGGGAUCUUGAAAGCUGUUCCAACCACGGCAUUGAGAAUUACGGUGUUUCCAUGACAACACUGAAUGAAGUGUUCUUGAAAUUAGAAGGAAAAUCAGCUAUUGAUGAAUCAGGACCUGGAGUUCGGGAGCAGUUACAGAGUGGCAGGACCAAUGCCACAGGCAGCCUUGCUGAGCCGGAACAGGUCGUGUCGUCCUGCAGUGAAGCAAACAGCUCGGUCAGCGGCCUGGCCCUCUGGAGGCAGCAGCUCUGUGCGGUAGCCAAAGUCCGCUUCCUGAAGUUGAAGAGUGAAAAGAGAGCGAUGCUCGCCAUAUUUCUGCUUUUCGGCAUUACCUUUGGUCCUCAGCUUUUGGAGCAUGUGUCCUAUCGGUUACACCAAAAGAGCUAUGCUUGGGGACUGUCUCCGAACAUGUACUUCCUCUCCCCGGGACAACCACCUCGAGCCCCGCUGACCCGCUUACUGGUCAUCAACAGAACAGGGUCAAGCAUUGAUGACUUCAUACAUUCACUGAGGCACCAAAACAUCGAUUUAGAAGUGGAUGCCUUUGGAACAAGAAAUGGCCCCAAUGAGUCAUUGUACAACGGGGCCAUCACUGUGACAGGAGAUGGCAAGGAUCCCAGAUUUUCAAUAGCAUGUAACACCAAAAGGCUGAAUUGCUUUCCUGUACUCAUGGACAUCAUUAGCAAUGGGAUACUUGGAAUGCUUAAUUCUUCAGAACACAUUCAGACGGACAGAAGCACGUAUUUUGAGGAGCACGCGUCUUACGAGCACGGGUACCUGGGCAUGGCCUUCUUCUGGAUCCCCGGGGUGGCCUGCUUUGCUCCGUACAUCGCCAUGGGCAGCAUCGGUGACUAUAAAAAAAAAGUUCACUCCCAGCUGCGGAUUUCAGGCCUCUACCCUUCCGCUUACUGGUUUGGGCAGGCGCUGGUGGACGUUCCCCUGUACCUCUCGAUCCUCCUUCUAAUGCAAAUAAUGGAUUACAUUUUUAGUCCAGAUGAGUUUGUGUUUAUCAUUCAAAACCUGGCAGUUCAGACCCUGUGUAUAAUUGGCUAUGUCUCAUCUCUUGUUUUCUUGACAUAUGUGAUUUCGUUCAUUUUUCGCCGUGGGAGGAAAAAUAGUGGCAUUUGGUCAUUUUUCUUCUUACUUGUCACCCUCUUCGCCAUUGUUGCUAAUUAUCUGAAUGAAUACAGAUUCCUAGGGCUGUUUCUCUGCACUAUAUUAAUACCACCCUUCACACUGAUUGGUGUUCUACUCAUUUUUUCUGAGAUUUCUCCCGACUCGGUGGAUUACUUGGGGCCUUCAGAGCAGCAGGUUGCAUUUCUGACAUUGCUAAUCCCUUACCUUCAUUUCUUCAUUUUCCUCUUUAUCUUACGAUGUCUGGAAAUGAAAUUUAGGAAGAAACCAAUGAGAAAGGAUCCUGUGUUCAGAAUUUCGCCAAGGAGCAGUGCUGUUUUUGCAAACCCAGAGAAACCUGAAGGAGAGGAUGAAGAUGUCCAGAUGGAAAGAAGGAGAACAGCAAACGCCGUGGCCGCCCCGGACUCGGAGGAGAAACCUGCCAUCGUGGCCAGCUGUCUACGGAAGGAAUAUGCAGGCAGAAAGAAAAACUGUUUUGCCAAGAGGAAGAAAAAAGUAGCCAUAAGAAAUGUCUCUUUCUGCGUGAGAAAAGGUGAAGUUAUAGGGCUCUUGGGACACAACGGAGCAGGCAAAAGCACAACCGUCAAGAUGAUAACUGGAGACGCGAGGCCAACCGCAGGGCAGGUGCUGCUCGCAGGGGGCAGCGGAGGGGCGCCCCCGGGGUUCCUGGGGUACUGCCCCCAGGAGAGCGCGCUGUGGCCCAGCCUGACUGUGAGGGAGCACCUCGAGGUGUCGGCCGCUGUGAAAGGGCUGCGGAGGGCAGACGCCGCGGCCGCUAUUGCCAGGCUGGCGGAUGCGCUGAAGCUGCAAGACCAGAUGGCACUCCCCGCCAAGGCCUUACCCGAGGGGGCCAAGAGAAAGCUGAGCUUCGCGCUGAGCAUCCUGGGGAGCCCGGCCGUGCUGCUCCUGGACGAGCCGACCACAGGGAUGGACCCCGAGGGGCAGCUGCAGAUGUGGCAGCUGAUCCAGGCCUCCUUGAGAAACACGGCGCGGGGCGCCCUGCUGACCACCCACUCCAUGGCCGAGGCGGAGGCCGUGUGCGACCGUGUGGCCGUCAUGGUGUCCGGGAGCCUGAGGUGCGUCGGCUCCAUCCAGCAUCUGAAGAGCAAGUUCGGCAGAGGCUACCUGCUGGAGAUGAAGCUGAAGAGCCUGGCCCGGCUGGAGGCUCUGCACGGCGAGGUCCUGAGGAUCUUCCCUCAGGCUGCUCGGCAGGAGAGGUUCGCCUCCCUGGUGGUCUACAAGUUGCCUGUUGAGGAUGUGCACCCUUUAUCACACGCCUUCUUCUGUUUAGAGACAGUUAAACAGAACUUCGACCUGGAGGAGUACAGCCUGUCGCAGUGCAGCCUGGAGCAGGUGUUCCUGGAACUCUGCAAGGAGCAGGAGUGGGACAAUUCUGAUGAGGAAGUUGAUCUGUCCGUGAAGUGGAAGCUCCUGCAGGAAGAGCCUUAAAGCCCAAAUCCGCGAUUUUUAAGACAACAUUUUAUAGCGUCAAUAUACCUUGGCUCAGAUAUGAUUUCAGAAUGCUUUUGAAACUCACAUCAUCACUUUUCACAAUAACAUGCUGGAUAGUGGGAUUAAGGAGUAAGGUCAGAGCGCUGAGGCUCAGCGGACCAGGCAGCCUCCGAAACAGCAACUGAACCCAGUGUUUCAUACAGCAGCCGAUUUUAAAAUGCACCUGAUUAUGGAAUUUUUAUGUUUCUGAGAAUGAUACAGAAAAUAAUUUUCUUUCUCUGACCUUUAAAAUCUUAACUAUUUUCUCAUCUUUUUAAGUAGGCAGGUGGCUAAAUGGUAAAGAUUUUGCCUGCCGAUGCAGGAGACACAGGUUUGAUCCCUGGGUCGGGAAGAUCCCCUGGAGAAGGGCAUGGCAGCCCACUGCAGGAUUCUUGCCUGGGAAAGCCCAUGGACAGAGGAGCCUGGCGGGCUGCAUAGGAUCACAAGAGUUGGGCAAGACUAAACAAUGACUGAACAACAAAGACAAAGUGAGACAGGACGCUGGCCGUUUGCUGCAGAGGGGCGGAAUCUGACCGUUUCACGGCAGCGCAGUCUUGCUCUUUCCGUUCCUUUCUCACCUGUUCUUAAUUUACUCCUCCGUUUUCUGUCACUUCUCAGAUUUCACUGCACAGUCAUGCUUCAUCUGCUGUGAUGAUACAGGAAACGUGAAACCCGUUAAAAUGGUCGUACUGAGAAACUGAACGUUAAAGUCGAGGAAAGUUUUUUAAAAACACAUCCUACAAUUCUGAAUCACAACAAACUGUGGAAAAUUCUGAAAGAGAUGGGAAUACCAGACCACCUGACCUGCCUCUUGAGAAAUCUGUAUGCAGAUCAGGAAGCAACAGUUAGAACUGGACGUGGAACAACAGACUGGUUCCAAAUUGGGAAAGGGGUACGUCAACGCUGUAUAUUGUCACCCUGCUUAUUUAACUUAUAUGCAGGGUACAUCAUGAAAACACUGGGCUGGAAGAAGCACAAGCUGGAAUCAAGACUGGGGGGAGAAAUAUCAAUAACAUCAGAUAUGUAGAUGACACCACCCUUAUGGCAUAAAGCAAUAUUAUUUUUGGAGGCUCCAAAAUCACUGCAGAUGGUGACUGCAGCCAUGAAAUUAAAAAGACACUUACUUGUUGGCAGAAAAGUUACGACCAACCUAGACCGCAUAUUAAAAAGUAGAGACAUUACUUUGCCAACAAAGGUCCGUCUUGUCAAGGCUAUAGUUUUUCCAGUGGUCAUGUAUGGAUGUGAGAGUUGGACUGUGAAGAAAGCUGAGUGCUGAAGAAUUGAUGCUUUUGAGCUGUGGUGUUGGAGAAGACCCUUGAGAGUCCCUUGGACUGCAAGGAGAUCCAACCAGUCCAUCCUAAAGGAAAUCAGUCAUCAGAAUGUUCAUUGGAAGGACUGAUGCUGAAGCUGAAACUCCAAUACUUAGGUCACCUGAUGUGAAGAACUGACCCAUUUUAAAAGACCCUGCUGUGGGAAAGAUUGAAGGUGGUAGGAGAAGGGGAUGACAGAGGAUGAGAUGGCUGGAUAGCAUCACCAACUCGAUGGGCAUGAGUUUGAGUCAACUCCGGGAGUCGCUGAUGGACAGGCAGGCCUGGUGUGCUGCAGUCCAUGGGGUCACAAAGAGUUGGCCACGACUGAGCAACUGAACUGAGCUGAUCAUUUUGAAGCAUGUUUUUGUUCUCCGUUUCUUGUGAUGUGACGGUCUACUGCACAGUGCUAGAGCUUCACAGGUGCCGCUUUCUUCUGUCUGCAUGUGCUGUGGCCUGUCCAUCCUAUAAACACUUUGCAAUCGGCGUGGUUCUCUGGUCCAUCCUUACUCAGCUGAGUCGUUGCUGCUGCUGCUCUCCUUACUGUUUCCGGUCAUGUGCUGAGCUGUGUUCCCCGCAAACUCACAGAUCCAUUCUCCAGGGUGGCUGUGUUUGGAGGUGGGGCCUGUAAACAGAUAAGCGAGGUUGUCAGGUGGGGCCCUAAUCUGAGGACGCUUGUGUUUCUCUAAGAAGAGGGACCACAAAGGCCCUGCCAGCAAAGGUCCAUCUCAGUGGUGAUGUAUGGAUGUGAGAGUUGGACUAAAAGGAAGCUGAGCGCCGAAGAAUUGAUGCUUCUGAACUGUGGUGUCGGAGAAGACUCUUGAGAGUCCCUUGGACUGCAAGGAGAUCCAACCAGUCCAUCCUAAAGGAGAUCAGUCCUGGGUGUUCAUUGGAAGGACUGAUGCUGAAGUGGAAACUCCAAUAGUUUGGCCACCUGAUGUGAAGAGCUGACUCAUUUGAAAAGACCCUGAUGCUGGGAAAGAUUGAGGGUGGGAGGAGAAGGGGACGACAGAGGACGAGAUGGUUGGAUGGCAUCAUCAACUCAAUGGACAUGGGUUUGGGUGAGCUCCGGUCCGCUUCUGUCUAGACUGCCGCUCAACUCAUCCAGCCACCGCAGGCAGAUUCUCCCCCUGGCGGGCCCUGGCCAACAUGCCUCCUGUCAGCACCGCUCCGCACCUCUCCUCUGAGCUUUGCCUCCAGGAAACGGCACCGACCGGAGCAUCAUCCUGCUCGUAACCAACAGGAUGACAGCUCCGGGCGGCAGCCAGCCUGCUCCCAGCCGAGGGACGAGUUUGCGGCGGCCACGCGGUUUCUCUUUGUGGCCAAUGUGACCCACGCAGGAGAGGGACUGGUCACUCCAGGUUUGGGACUUCAGGGUCGCGUCGAGGGCAGGCUGCUGGCUCCCUGCUCCGAAGCCUUGACUCAUGUUUUCAAGUUCCAUCCCUGGCAUGUUUCCCAGAAAACUGAGGCCUGUUCCAGAUUCUCUUUACUUGCUAAAAUUCCGCUGAGACACACUGUCUUCCUGCACUGAAUACCCUUCGGGAGCCGUCAAGUCCUGCUGUUUUCAGGAGAGGCUCAACAGGACAUAAUUGUGUGGCAUUGGUUGAUCAGGGCUAUAGAAAGGUGUGAUAUUAUUAUUACGCAUGAAGCAUCGGGGGAAUGCUGCAAUGAAAUGAAGGAACAAAUCUCCUAGCUAAUCACCACACUGCCCACACAUAUUCUCUGUCUUUCUGCUCAAGGUUGGAUGCGCUAGAGCUGUGACCUGUGGCUAAUUCCUGCCCUGUGGAUGGCGGUGCAGACCUCUGGAAGAACAAUGCUGCCCUUUGCAGGCAAUUUUAGGUAGAGUCCUUGGAAUAUUUUCACAGCAAAUUCACCUAUACACAAGUCCAAGGGUGCUGGUUUUUUAAUCUGCCUCUCAAGUGGGCCUUAGAAAGCAUCACUACGAACAAAGCUAAUAGAGGUGAUGGGAUUCCAGGUGAGCUAUUUCAAAUCCUGAAAGAUGAUGCUGUGAAAGUGCUGCACUCAAUAUGCCAGCAAAUUUGGAAAACUCAGCAGUGGCCACAGGACUGGAAAAGGUCAGUUUUCAUUCCAAUCCCAAAGGAAGGCAAUGCCAAAGAAGGCUCAAACUAUCACACAAUUGCACUCAUCUCACACGCUAGUAAAGUAAUGCUCAAAAUUCUCCAAGCCAGGCUUCAGCAAUACGUGAACCGUGAACUUCCAGCUGUUCAAGCUGGUUUUAGAAAAGGCAGAGGCACCAGAGAUCAAAUUGCCAAUAUCCACUGGAUCAUCGAAAAAGCAAGAGUUCCAGAAAAACAUCUAUUUCUGCUUCAUUGACUAUGCCAAAGCCUUUGACUGUGUGGAUCACAAGAAACUGUGGAACAUUCUGAAAGAGAUGGGAAUACCAGACCACCUGACCUGCCUCUUGAGAAACCUAUAUGCAGGUCAGGAAGCAAGAGUUAGAACUGGACAUGGAACAACAGACUGGUUCCAAAUAGGAAAAGGAGUAUGUCAAGGCUGUAUAUUGUCACCCUGCUUAUUUAACUUCUAUGCAGAGUACAUCAUGAGAAACGCUGGGCUGGAUGAAGCACAGGCUGGAAUCAAGAUUGCCGGGAGAAAUAUCAAUAACCUCAGAUAUGCAGAUAACACCACCCUUAUGGCAGAAAGUGAAGAGGAACUAAAAAGCCUCUUGAUGAAAGUGAAAGAGGAGAGUGAAAAAGUUGGCCUAAAGCUCAACAUUCAGAAAAUGAAGAUCAUGGCAUCUGGUCCCAUCACCUCAUGGCAAAUAGAUAGGGAAACAGUGGAAACAGUGUCAGAUUUUAUUUUGGGGGGCUCCAAAAUCACUGCAGAUGGUGAUUGCAGCCAUGAAAUUAAAAAGACACUUUCUCCUUGGAAGGAAAGUUAUGACCAACCUAGAUAGCAUAUUGAAAAGCAGAGACAUUCCUUUGCCAAGAAAGGUCCGUCUAGUCAAGGCUAUGGUUUUUCCAGUGGUCAGAGUGAACUCUGGGAGUUGGUCAUGGAGAGGCUGCAAUUCAUGGGGUCGCAAAGAGUUGGACACGACUGAGCGACUGAACUGAACUGAUAAUAUCCUGCAUAAACCACUUAACUGUUGUUCACUCUCCAAGUCUUUCUGACUCUUUGUGACCGCAUGGACCGUAGCCCACCAGGCCCCUCUCUCCAUGGGAUUGUCCAGGCAAGAGCACUGGAGUCGGUUGCCACUUCCUUCUCCAGAGGAUCUUCCCGACCCAGGGAUCAAACCCACGCCUCCUGCAUUGGCAGGUGGAUUCUUCACCUCUGAGUCACCAGGGAAGUCCAAAAUCAACAGUACUCCAAUUAAAAAAAAAAAUCUUAAAGAAAAGUAGGCGGAAAGUGAUCUUGGCAAAUCUAUACCAGGACUGGCUCAUCUCCAUCCCAGGGAACAAGGACCCUGAACCGUCUCGGGCUGCUCUCCUUCCCCCGUUCUCCUUGUUCUCAGCCUCUUGCUGCUGCUGUGGAUCCCCCCUCAUUCAUUCAUUCGGCCCACCCGCCCCGAGCGAUGUCUCAGCUGGCUUCCACCGCUGCAGACGCACCCGCCUCUCUCUCCUCUCCUCUGGCCCCAGGUUCUUGUCUCUGACGGUCUAGGAGCUACCAGUGGAAGAUGCUCCACGUUUAGCCCAAGCUUCCUUCAAAUGAGAGAAGAGUAAGAGCUAUAAGCUUUGAAAUAAGGUCCCGGAGAGCGGAUCAUUCCAAAUCAUAAGUUAAUCCAUCAGCAUGACAAAAAAAGGGACGUGACGGACUGUGUUCAAUUUAAAAGUUAAACUCUCAGACUGAAUUGUAGGACCAGAAAAUCAAGGGGGUGGAGAAUCUUGCGUGCGUGUUUGGGGGCCAAUGGGAGUGAGUUUUGCUUUGAGGGGUGUUUCUAUGUAUUUGUCUGUGUGUGUGCCAAUAAAACAAUACUAGUCAAAACUCAGUAAUACCUGCAUUUAGGAGAAUAUCAGUAUUUCUUUGUGGACUGCAGAUGCACAUGUAUUUGGAAUUAAGUUUUAUCUGGAUGUGUGUAUUGUGUUAUUGCCUUAGAAGCUGACCUGUUGCCUGGCCCCUAAGACAGUCUUCUUGUGUUCAUUACACCGUAAAGCUGCCCACAUGGCCCCCGGCACCACCAGGUUCGGAUGCCUGCUCCAUCCAAGCCCAUGUACUCUGCUUCUCUGAAAUGUCCAGGAUCCAUCGGUAUUCUCUCUCCCUUGUCACGGCUCACAGACUAUCUUUGCUUCUUUGCCAGCUUUCCUGAGGAAGCGGUCUGACUCUCCUGGUUCUGGGAGGCUGCUCCCACCGCUGCCCAUGGCGUCCAUGGUCCAUGAUGCAGCCUCCUUCCAUCCUGGGAGCCAAGCAACCGGCCACCUGGACCACGGUCCCUCCCAGCUCUCCCGAUUGGCACCGUGGCUGGCACCAGCCUGGUACUGCUGGGGAUGCAUCACCCAUCUGCUGGGCACCGAUCCGGGCUCUUACCACCCUUCUCGAUCUACUUUGGUCAAUAAGAAGGGUCUUCAAUCCAAUUGAGGGCAUGUUGGCAUGGUUUCCGGCAAGAGGUCACAAGCAUCUUUCUCUAUAAUCUUAUACAACCCUUUCCAGAAGGCAUCUUCCUUCCACCUCUUCCCUCUUUCUGGUCACAUGAGGGGCAGAAAGCCUUCUCAGCAUCAUUUAUCCCUUAAAUGCAUCUCUCAAUAACUGUGCAGCUCACAGACAUAAUACCAGCCCUUUGCCCUGAAACACAAGUGAAUGGAUUGCUAUAUUUUCAACUGAGUUCUGUGCUUAAACCAUGAACAAUAAUUACCUUAACUUUUUUAUUUAAGAUUUUUUAAAAACUGAUUUGUACUCUCAGUCUAUCAGUCGCUCAUUCGUGCCCGACUCUUUGCGACCCCAUGGACUGCAGCAUGCCAGGCUUCCCUGUCCGUCACAAAACUCCCGGAGGUUUGUACUAUAUGCUGACUUAUGGGACCAUCUGGAUGUAAAACUAUGUGGACCCCUAACGAACCUCCUUCUCUGCUCAGUUGGGCAGAGCUUUGACCUGGAGGAGCACGGCCGCCCCAGCGCACCCUGGCGCAGGUGGGCCUGUUUCACGCUUUCUUACCAUCCCCGGAACAUGAAGGCCGAAGGUGUGCACACGCUGGGCACUCACGAGCACCAUGAGAAGCAGUGUGACACUCCUGUCUCUAUUUCAGAUAUUCCUGGGGCUCUCCAAGGAGCAGGAGCUGGAUGAUUUAAUGGAGGAACCUGAUCCUCAGUGACGCAGAAGUUUCUCCCACAGGAAGAGCCUUGAAGCCCCAAACCCCUCAUGUUCCGCUUUGUUUUCUAAGACACUCAUUUUUAUAGCAUCAAUGUCAUGUUUGUAGAGACCAUUGUGUAAGCAUUGAUGUGGUUCUCUGUGGGUGGAGAGGAGGUGCGAGUGCUGGAUCAGUGCAGUGAUAAUGUGGGCAGAGGCAUGUGGCUGAGCCCAGCCUGCAGGAAUGUCUUAGUGUCUCUACAGGUUACCCUGAUUCCAUUUCUCUGUAUAAACGCUGAAAAACAAGGUUA